CCCCCCCAGAGGAUUUCUUAAAAAGAGAUAGUGACUCCCCCGUCGCACUCAUUUAUGCCAGAGCAUCAGCACGUUGAGCUUGGAUAUUUACUGAACAGUUUCCUGACUGAAAAAAAACCCUAAAAAGGAGAAACUGAAAAUGCGUGAGAUAUUCUUCUCCGUCCUGUUGUUCUCUUGCCUGGCUCUUGGCUUGGGAAACCGUGUCUACGUGCACCCCUUCAGUCUCUUUGCCCUCGGCAACGUCAGCUGUGAGGUCAUCCAGUCCAAAGAGCCCGAGCAGGUGGAUGUGGUCAAGGCCACACCCAUCGGUCUCCAGGACAACACGGAGCCUGACAUCCGCGACCUUUCCGACAGCAAUGCAAUGGAGAACAGCACCCAGCGAAAGGACGUUCUGGCAGAGCUCCAGAACACAUUGGGCCUGCGCAUGUACAAGGUUCUGACCCGGAACCAAAAGGACUCCAACACCCUGUUCUCCCCUGUGAACGUCUUCGGAACGUUGGUGACACUAUACCUUGGGGCCUCCAAGAAGACAGCUGUCCCUUACCAGGUGCUGUUGGGCAUUAACAAGGAAUCAUCAAGGGAGGACUGUGUCUAUCUGAUCGACGGACACAAGGUGCUCCGCACUCUGCAGGAGAUCAACGCCCUGAUCGAUGGCCCCCGGGAUGAGCUGAGGACUCUGGUGUGGAGUUUCAUCACCCAGGAUGCAGAAAUCUCCAAGGACUUCAUCGGCGGGGCGCAGGACUUCUCUGACGCCUCUUACACCCGCUCAGUGGACUUCUCCAAGGCCGAGGAGGCUGAGAAGAAGGUAAACAAUUUCAUUCAGAAGACCUCAGAUGGGGACAUCAAGCAGAUUUUCCAGAACCUCAGCUCAACCACCAAUUUCCUGUUCGCCAGCUCAGUCCAUUUUAAAGGUAACUGGAGAACAGCUUUCCAGCCGGAAGCCACCUCCGUGCAGGACUUCAGGGUGGAUGAGCAGACCACUGUGUCCAUCCCACUGAUGACCCGCACAGGAGAGUACAAGUACCUGAACGACAAGGGCAGGAAGUGCACCGUGGUGAAGCUGGGUCUGAGCGAGCGGACAUACAUGCUGCUGGUGCUGCCCCAUGAAGGAGCCAGCCUGCAGGAUAUUGAGAACCAGCUCCAGACCGAAGUCAUCUCCAAGUGGUACCAGAACCUGCAGGAGGGAUAUCUGGAGCUGUCCCUGCCCAAGUUCUCCCUGACGGACUUAACUGACCUGAAGUCAGUGCUCACUGAUAUGGCUGUGGAGAAAUUGCUGCUGGGUUCAGAUGCUCAGUUCCAAAGACUCAGCAACAAGGAGAAGUUCACAGUUGACAAGGUGUUCAGCAAGGUGGUGUUUGAGAUGUCGGAGGAGGGAUCCCAGGUAUCCACUAAGACAGAGGACGGGAGAGUCCCUCUGAAGCUCACAGUGAACAGGCCCUUUUUGUUCGCCAUUGUCGAGGGCAACUCCAAUGCCAUACUCAUGUUGGGCAAAAUCAGAAACCCGGCCGUCUAGUGCACCCUGUGAUGCCAUUUCUUUGGAGAUUUUUUGUACCGACCUGAAUUCCAUUGGUAGCAUUGGAGCUUUUGUUCUAUAGUUUUUAAUAGAUGGUACAUUUCCCUUGGUGUUCUGACCGUAUUUGGACUGAUGUUUAUUUAUGAGUUCACUAGGAAUAUUUACAAUAUGCAGUGGAGUAUAGUAGUACACAGUAGAUUCGAUUUUCAUGAUCAAUUUUACAUAGUGGUUCACAUGUUUGUAUAAUGGCCUGUUCAAUGCUUUAAAUGUCAGAUGUUUUAAAAUGGCUGAUCUGACAGAUUGUUUGUGUGUCUUGUUUCAUGUCUGAAUAAGUCUCCCUCAUAGCCUCAUUUAAUCGUUUCAUUUGUAAUGUAUAGUGUCCAUCAGGCAGCAAAAGUUAUUUUUGUUACUCCAUCUAAAUAGCAGAAAAUAGACCUGAAUACAUCAUUUUUCUUUCCUCACUACUUCGAUAGUAGCAUUAGCAUUUGAAAAAUCUGGACUAAAUUUGUUUAAGUUCAGAGGCAACACUUACCCUAAAUGUGUCUAUUUUUUAUUAAAUGUACAGCUUAUUUUUGUGCUUCUAUACUGUACACGAGUACUUGAAUAAAUAUCUUUUUGUUCUGGAAAA